AUGGCGGCGGCGUCGCCGGCGCGGGAGCUCACGCAGAACCCGCUGCAGAAGACUUGGGAGCCCUACGACAACGGGCUGCCGGCGGGGCACAGCGCUCAGCGCGGCGUAUGUAUGACCAACUGCCCUACGCUGAUUGUCAUGGUGGGCCUCCCAGCAAGAGGAAAAACCUACAUCUCGAAGAAGCUGACACGCUAUUUAAAUUGGAUUGGGGUGCCUACAAAAGAAUUUAAUGUGGGUCAGUAUCGUCGAGAUUUGGUGAAAAAGUAUAAAUCUUUUGAAUUCUUCCUGCCUGACAAUGAAGAAGGAUUGAAAAUCAGAAAACAGUGUGCCUUAGCAGCGCUGAAUGAUGUCCGACAGUACCUCAGUGAAGAAAAUGGGCACGUGGCUGUCUUUGAUGCUACAAACACAACUCGAGAACGCAGAGAAACUAUUUACAAAUUUGGGGAAGAAAAUGGAUAUAAGACUUUUUUUGUGGAAUCAGUAUGUGUAGAUCCAGAGGUCAUUGCUGCAAACAUCGUGCAAGUGAAGCUGGGUAGUCCUGACUAUGUUGAUUGUAGUAACGAUGAAGCAACAGAAGAUUUCAUGAAAAGAAUAGAGUGCUACAAGAACUCCUACGAGACAUUAGAUGAAAAUUUUGACAAGGAUCUUUCUUAUAUUAAAAUUAUGGAUGUUGGAAGGAGUUACCUUGUGAACAGAGUCAUGGAUCACAUUCAGAGCCGGAUUGUCUACUACCUCAUGAAUAUCCACGUGACUCCUCGGUCAAUCUACCUCUGCCGACAUGGAGAAAGCGAACUCAAUCUGAAAGGGAGAAUAGGAGGAGAUCCUGGACUGUCUGUCAGGGGGAAAGAAUUUGCCAAAACCUUGGCACAAUUUAUUAAUGAGCAAAAUAUCAAAGAUCUGAAAGUUUGGACCAGCCAGAUGAAAAGGACGAUUCAGACUGCAGAAGCCUUGGGAGUGCCUUAUGAGCAGUGGAAAGUUUUGAAUGAGAUAGAUGCAGGAGUGUGUGAAGAAAUGACAUAUGAAGAAAUACAGGAAAAUUAUCCACUUGAAUUUGCACUAAGAGAUCAGGACAAAUACAGAUACAGAUACCCUAAAGGAGAGUCCUAUGAAGAUCUUGUUCAGAGACUGGAGCCAGUAAUUAUGGAACUUGAAAGGCAGGAAAAUGUGCUUGUCAUAUGUCACCAAGCUGUCAUGCGAUGUUUGCUCGCAUAUUUUCUGGACAAGCCUGCAGAACAACUGCCUUACCUGAAGUGCCCGCUGCAUACUGUCUUAAAGCUAACCCCGGUGGCUUAUGGAUGUAAAGUAGAAUCUAUAUUUCUGAAUGUUGAAGCUGUAAACACACACAGAGAUAAACCUGAGAAUGUAGGCGUGGAUCGCUCCAGAGAAGAAGCUUUGAGGACAGUACCUAACCACCUAUAGCUCCAGUUCCCAGGGCAGCAGCCCUUCGUCCAGCACGAGAGCAUGAAGCAGCAGCUCAGGUCCAGCAGGGUGGCGAAGGCCUCGCUGAGCGCCGAGCUGGAAGGACCACGCCUCGCCUUCACUUUAAGACGUUUCGAAUGUGAUUCAGCUCCUCUGGAGAACACCUCUAGUCGUGGAUAACUCCCAGUGCUGAAAGGUAUCAGUAAAAACAUUUAAGGGAAGCAGAGUAGAGUUGGUUUUAGGCUUUUUGUAUGUAAAUUUGUGCAGUUUCAGUGGUUUUUGUUGUUCAUCUGAUUAUGCUGCAAGGUGGUUAAUUGCCCGUGUCAGUUGUACUGUCAGAUUUUAACUAGAUUUUACUUUCUUUUUCUAAGUGUUUUUCUAAGAGUUCCUCUGAUUCUUACUGUGAAUGAUCACCUAGAAUUAACGUGGAGGUGAUUUUUGAUGGCACAUUUAACAUAGGUGAAAUUCUGCAUUUUGAGCGUUGAAGGCUUCAUCUUACAAAACUACUUAUAAGUGAGAAACUUCUCAGCUCUGAUAGCUUCUGUGUGGUUUUAAAUUGAGUUUUGGUUUGCCUGCCACAACUUACUGUUCUGAAAUGGGAGGAGACCUUCCCUUUGGAAAAACUAAAAGCAUUAAAUCUAGAUUCCUGAAAGAUUCUGCUAUUCUAGUAAGAUUUUAACGUUUCCCGGGGGCCAGCUGGAUUUUGGAGGGCAGUGGAAGACACAGGAGUAGGUGGGGGCCGUGAGUGUGAGCCUAUCUGGCAGCCUGGAUACUGAGAGAGAGGCAUUCCUUCUCCUGCAGUUACAGGAGGGGAUGACCAGUUUUUAUGAGACUGCAAGGGAGGAGAAAAGAAUUCGGACUGUCAGGGGCUGGAGAAGCUGCUUGUCGUAUUAGUGCUGUGAUUUUAAUUUUUUUUAGGCAACUUUUGGAAUGAAUUUCAACAUAAAAGUGUUUGUUCCUGUUUUAUAGCCACAGUAUAACCUACAGCAGGAAACAGUACAGAAAGGUUAGGGGGCAUUCAACCAUGCUGACAGCUCAUGCAAGAAAAGCACCAGGUAAAUUCUGAAAUUGGUUUCUAAUGUGGCACACCUGCCUUGGGGUUUUUCUUUGCUGCUUUUUUUAUACCUUGGGAAACUCCAGUGCUAAAAAUGGGAUUUUCUAUGUCUGUUGAGGCCACGACCUUCAAACUGUGCUAAUUCAAUGUGUGUUUUCUAUGUGUGCUACCAGACAGCUAAGUGAGCUGCCAGCACUGCUGCUGGCUCCAAGUUCUGAAAUGAGGAGAACUGGUUUGUGGUAGUUGGCAUGUGUGGUUUUUUUUCUAAGGACUUCACUUCAAUUAUUAAUAACCAUGUAUGUUGGAGUUGUUUUUUCUUUUUCUCAGUUCCUGUAUGAAAUACCAGGCCCUCAUAACAUAAUUUUGCAGGCAAGGGCUAGAUUGUCUUUUGUUUGUGCAGGAUUUAUAAAACAAUGUGCUGCUGGUGUGAUUUUGUUUGUAAUAAGCUGAUUUCAGCAAUAUAUUCAGCUCUGGAAGUAAGCCAUACCGUGUCGCUGGGCUCCGUGUCAGAGGGAUGUGCAGGGUACAGAAUGACAACAAACACUUGCUUCAAGUGCUGCUGCCCAAAGCUCUCUGUGUGUGUGAUCCAGGCAGCUGGCAAUGCCCAUGGCAGAUCUCUGUUAAUCCAGCUGUGUCUGUAGCUACUGUGUGAGGAGAGGGGCUGCACAGAGAAGUUAAUUUAUUGAUGCAUAGUUACCAUGGCCACUUGGGUGGUAGAAGCGUAGCAGUAAUCUCAGUUUCCCCUCCUGAUUUGAUGGGUGCAGUGAGGGACAGCCAGGAUGUACUGCAGGCAGCCCUUGCUCCUCUGGACCUCUACCAUGCAGCCAGGCCCUAUUAAAACCUGCCCUGCUCAGUUUAAAAGCCAUUUAUCUGCAGUUACAGAGGGCAAACCCCAGGAGGCUGUGUCGGAAGAGCAGGGUUUUGCCAGCACAGUGUGGUAUUCAAGCUUGGACCUGGUUGCAGAGAUGUGGCAGAAGGAAAGGUUUCCCCUCGUGAGGGCUGAGCUCAGGGGCUGCUUCUCUUCACUGGCACGCACAGCUUGAGGGGUCUCCCCUCUCUCCCUUAGUUUUACCUCUCAGCUUCCAGAGGUGCUGUAAAAUUCCUAAGGCUAAAUGUUUUAUGUAUAGUAGGUAUUUUUAUAGCCUGCUUGAAUAUACUGUGAUGAGUGUUUUACUGAGUUCGGUGUGCAGUAAAAAGAAUUGUAUAGAAGUGUAAAUAAACUGUUCAGCUGAUACUUGAAGAGGGAAGGAAAAAAAAAGUUCUGUUCAGCUCUAGGAAGGUACAAAAUCUCUGACUGCAUCUGGCCCUUUCAAGCUGGUGACAGGAAGCAUAGACGAUGAAUGUAGGUUUGAAGCAUGCGGUUGGCUCUCCCCAGGGUGUAACCACCUUUUGGGGAAAGGCUUUGGUAAGAACUGCAGAUUCUUGUCACUGUCUACAAGCUGUAUCUUGCCCCCUUACUUCUGACAGAACUGCCCUUGAGAAGGCAGGGGGAGCCCCCCUCCUCCUGACCUUGUGUGUUUGCACCCAUGUCAUGUUACUGCCUCCUGCCGGUUACCACGCUCACUAGCUCAGAUGCAGUCUCUCCCGUGGGAUUAAACUGUCUUUUCUUACAUCAUUUGCCUUCAUCGUAAUCUUUCAGACAAAUGUAAUCAUUUGACCUUUGAUCCAAGUAAUAAAGAUCAA